AUGCUACUCCACUUUUCCGUUCUUGACUUGCACGCCUAUUCCACUUUUCCGUCGCCACGCCUCUGGAAUAUUCAGUCAGUUUCGCGAAAACUCGAAGAGUCCAAGAGAAUCUUUGCGUCCCUUCUCGCGGACAAAUCGCUUCCUAUCCCCGAAGAAAUCAAGAGGUUUGCGGCACAGGUGGAGUUCUACAAUGACCAGACCGACAAGAUGAUCUUGCCUUGUCCGCUCAAAGAGUGCGAGGUUUCCACCGCUUUGAAGGGUGUCGAGGCAUCUGUGGCGCUUGCUAUCGCGCAGUUGCGUUUCCAGUUCCCGGAGGGUGAAAACCACGUAAAGAUCGACAUGCAACACGCGUUGCUCUUCCUCUUCAUGACCUACAUCGCCUCUGUGGAUGGGAUGACCAAGUUUGACAAGAACGUCGUAUCGAAGUUGAAGGCCACCGAUUUGAACAGGGCACAGUCUGACUUGUACAGAAGAAUGUCUGCCAACUUAUACAAGACCAAGGAUGACAAGUUCUAUCAUAUUCACGGCUCGUUGGAGGCCACCACCACUUUGAACAUGAUUGGGUUACCAGCGUUCAUGCCUGAGUUAAAUAGCGACUAUGAAAAGAUCGUGGACGUGAUCCAGGGUGCCGUUGCAAAGUACACCGCCGCUGAGUUAGAAGCCAUGAACAACGAGAGAAGACAGGCCGGUGUUGAGGCAUUAAAGCCAGAACAGUUCUUGGAAUCCCCACAUGGUAAGGCUCUCUCUGCCAAACCAUCGUGGGAAAUCAAGACCCUUGAAACCUCCACUCCUCCGGCCCCAUUUUCCCCAGUUUCCCUCGCUUCUGGCGAAAAGCCGCAGAUUUUGAAGGGUAUCAAAGUGUUGGAGUUGUGCCGUAUCAUUGCUGGUCCAACCGUUGGCCGUAUUUUGGCAGAAUACGGUGCCGAAGUUAUCAAGGUCUCUGCUUCCGACAUCCUCCCAGAUGUGCCAUUCUUCCAAGUUGACGGUAACGUCGGAAAGCACACCACUGACUUAAACUUGAAAGACCCAAAUGACCGUACCAUCUUCGAGGGCUUAUUGGCAGACGCUGAUAUCGUUCUCGAUGGGUUUAGGACCGGUGCCAUCGACAGGUUGGGGUACGGCGCUGAACAUUUGGCCGGGUUGGGCCAAAAGAGAGGCAAAGGCUACAUCUAUGGUGCCGAAAACUGUUUUGGUUUCGAGGGCGAGUGGAGCCAUCGACCAGGCUGGCAACAAAUCGCUGACUGUGUUACUGGUGUCGCUUGGAUCCAAGGUCAGGCCUUGGGCUUGCAAGAGCCAAUGAUCCCACCGUUUCCAAAGGCUGACUACGGUACAGGAUGCAUGGUUGCCAUUGCCGUUUUGACGGCUGUCUACGAGAGAGCCACCAAGGGUGGUUCUUACCUGUGUACCUCUUCGUUGUCCCAGUAUGAUUUGUUCUUGUUGAAGCAGAAGCAGUACCCUGCCGAAAUCUGGGAGGAAAUCUUGGCCAAGCAAGACCCAACGGUCCGCAAGUUGAGGUACUUUGACUCUGUCGAUAUGAUCUCCAGAACUGUGCUGCAGUCCAUGAAAAACGUCGACCCAAAUUUAUUCAGUAACGAAAAGUAUCUCGAUUCCGAGUACUCUGAGGGGUUCCAGGGCCAGUGUAAGGUGUUGAAAGGGGUUGUGGAGAUGAAAUUAUGUAGAAACGGCUUCAACUGUCCAACCAGGCCAAACGGGUAUGACAAGCCAGAGUGGUGGAUGUAA